AUGUUCUUCCUUUCUCGACGCUGGAAGCCGAACAAAUGGCCCUUUUACGUCCUGCUCGUCGUUGAGCUACUGUUAACAAUUGCUCUUCUGGCCUUGUUUGGCAUUGCGGCUCCGAACCUCUAUCGGACAAAGCUAUGGCAAGACGGCGCCGACAAUGGCUUCAAUUCAAGCCCAACCACAGGACUCUAUGCGGCAGCGAACUACAGACCGUACACGACCCCGAAAGUUUGGUCACAAUUUAUAACAGACUACAACGUCGUCAUCGCGGUUCUCUCCAUGUUUAUCAUGCUGGUCAAGUCCAUCAUGUAUAUGUUGCACGUCUUCCCGCCCAUUCUGUCCGCCGUCGUCCAUGCCAUCCUCAUCGCCCUUUACACUGUGUCGGUUGACUAUCAAGCCAGCAGCGAUACCACCGAUCCCAAUCAUCCUCAGAACGGCCCACCUUGGUACAUCACGAAAUCUUGCAGUGUGACACAUAACAAGAGCUUGGUGGGGUAUUGUCAACAAGCCAAAGCAAGUUUCGCUUGUACCUGCGCCAUGCUGGGCAUCUUUGUUGUAUAUCUGGGCUUUGCGGUCUGGUCGUGUUUCCCUUCGAAGAGACAACGUGAAGAAUAUGCGGAGGCGAAACGUAUUAAGGCAGAGAAGUGGGCACGGUUUGAGACGAUCGAAGAUCCAGUAACAGGCGAAACCAUCCGGGCACCUGAGCCUGAGACACCCGGCUUCCAAGGAGGAUUGACUCCAAUGACUCCGCGCACCAGGACAUUCAAUAUCCUCGGAGGAACCAAGGACUUGCCUCUGCAAAAACCCGUGGCCACUCCGAGUGCCAAAUCUCCUUCCUUUGCCAUCCGAAGUCCCGACCUACCGAGAAGUCCACUGACGCCGGGUUUCGUCGACCGCACGGGCAGUAAUGUCCGAGCAGGCAAGGCGCCAGAGGUGGUUGACGGUACAGACCCGGUCUCGCCUCAGUUGUAUUUUCCGCCCCCUCCCAAGACAUCAAAGAAGUAA